AUGAUUACACCCACCAUGAUCACCGUUGAAUCCCUCCCCACUCUUCUCGCCGACGACAUCAAGGUCAAGGUCGCCGGCAUUGACAGCGAUGGUGUCCUCCGUGGCAAGGUCAUGGCCAAGGAGAAGUUCCUCGGUAUCGCAGAAAAGGGCUUUGGCUUCAGUUCUGCCCUCUUCGGCUGGGAUAUGCAUGAUAUGAUGUGGACAACCGAAGCACGCGUCGCGCCCCCAGAGUCAGGUUAUGCGGAUUUCCUCGCCAUUCCAGACCUGAACUCAUUCCGACGUCUGCCAUGGGAGGAGAAUAUUCCAUUCUUCCUUGUGCGCUUCCUCAACGAUACUGAUCCGGUAUUGGCCGAUGGAAGGAUUGAACUCGAGUUCAUGAACUUCCAGACUCCCUCCGAAGACGGAUAUGGCAGCGCCGGUUCCAACCACCCCAAUCUGGCUUCCUUCCUGGAGAAGAACGCCCCCAGUGCCCUUCGACCCAUCACAGCUGGCAUGUUCUGCUACAGCUCAACACGCCCUGUUGCCAACAAGAAGUAUUUCUAUGAUAUUUUCAACACUGCUGCGCAGGUCAAUUGCGGCAUUGAAGGGUGGCACACUGAGGGCGGGCCCGGUGUGUACGAAGCUGCCCUGAAGGUUUCAGAGAUUAGUGAAAUGGCCGACAAGGUUGCAAUGUUUAAACUCCUCACCAAGUCAUUGGGAAUGGAUCAUGGAGUCACACCCUGCUUCAUGGCUAAGCCCAUGCAUGGCAUGCCUGGCAGCUCAGGACACAUUCACAUCUCCCUCGCCGACAAAGAGGGUAAGAACCUCUUUGCGCGCGAGACCCCCGAAGCCAACCCUCAGUGGUCAGACAUUGCCCACCUCUCCGACACAGGUCGCCACUUCCUCGCCGGUCUCCUAGACGCCCUCCCAGAUAUCAUGCCGCUGUUUGCCCCUACCGUCAACUCAUACAAGCGUCUUGUCGAGAACUACUGGGCACCAGUACACAUCAGCUGGGGACUCGAGGACCGAAUUGCCUCAAUUCGUCUAAUCACACCACCAGUCUGCAAACCGGGUGCCACACGCUUUGAAGUCCGUAUCCCUGGUGCGGACUUACAUCCUCACUACGCUCUCAGCGUCAUUCUCGCAGCUGGCUGGAGGGGCGUGCAGAAGAAGCUUGAAAUCAAGGUCCCGCCUAUGUCAGCGCGCAAGUCGGGGGACCCUCGUCCAGAGCUGCUGCCCAACACUUUGGACAAGGCUUUGGAUCGGUUCUCGGCACCUAACAGCAUUGCUCGUGAGAUUUUGGAUUCAGAGUUUGUGGACUUCUUCACUGCUACGAGACAGCAUGAGCUGGGUCAGUGGAGGGAGGCUGUCACUGAUUGGGAGAUCAAACGGUACAUUGAAAUAGUUUAA